AUGGAAAGUGAUUUAAAAAAUCCCAACGAUGAUGAUAAAGUAUUUAAGGAUCAUUUAUCCAACACUCCUUCCGUUCAUGACCAGGGUAUUGACACUGACUUCAACUCAUGGAAUGAGAGAGCAUCUGAUCAUCCAUAUGACACUGCAGCUAUGAACUCGAGUUCAAAAGACGUUGACCAAGAUGCGAACCUACAGAUGGCAGAUGACAGAUACGAACAUCUCUUAACAGAUUCAGUAGAUAAUAGGGAAACCUUAGCCAAGUUGAUGCUUAAUGAGAGUCCUGAUAAAUAAGAUGAACACUCAAGUUAAAGAAACGGAGAAUGAAGCUACUUUUAAUGAAAGGGAAGACGCCAGUUCAAGAUCAUUAGAGAGACCCUGGAAAAGCUCUUCUAUAAAUCCUUUUAGCUCACAGUACCAGUUUCAGAAGGAAGUAGAUCCUGUAGCUUUCAAGAAAUAUGAGAACGAGUUAUCGAUGUCAAAAAUGCCAUUAAAUUUAAACUUAGAAGACUUGCUCAAAGAAGAGACCUUGAUAAGUGAUAUUUUCUCUAAGCUAAAAGAUCAGGAAGAUCCUUCGAUAAUCUGAGAUUUAUGGUGGGAGACUAGUGAAGAGUCAGCUCUAAUGGCUGUGUCUAGAUAUUUUAAGGAUGAAAAACUUGUAAAUACUAUUAAUGCCUCUCUAAAGCUCCAAACAGUAGUGGUUGGAUAUACCCAAUUCAUGAGCACACUUUUUCCAUACGAUUCUUUUGUCAGAAAUACUUUUAAGAACAUGAACACUUACAUUCAUGAAAACUUCUUAUGAAUUUUAGUGUGCUUUUUGCAGCGUUUGAAUACCUCUCUAAAGAAGACGAAUAAAUUUUCCAAAAUUUUAACUGAAAUAUUAAAACAGAGCGCUAUCAAGUCAACGAUGACUAAGAAGGAAGCUUACCUGAACAUGAAGCAGAGGAAUGAUCUCCUCUCAAAGAUGCUCAAGCAGACUGCUCAUUCUAAGCCUAAGAGAAGCAUUGAUGAUAUUAUCUCUCUCAUUUUGAAGAAUUUGAAGAUGCUAGACCUUGAGAAAGUGAGAAGAUUCGUUCAUAAUUCCUCAAGAGGAAAGAGCAAACGUCCAGAUAUCGACCCUUAUGCUUACAAUGACUUUAACGAUAGUACUCCUCCAGUUGAGGAGAGGAAGAACUCAACUACAAAGACAGGUAAAGGGACUAAGAACAACCCUUUGAUCACUUCUGCUGGGGCGAUGUUAGGCCUUCUCCCAGGGAUGGAAGUGCCAAAAUCACCAUAUUUGCCAGAAAAGCCUCUUGAUGAGAUGGAAUACACUCUUGUUCUAGAUCUUGACGAAACUUUGAUUCAUUUUGUUGAGGAUCCUCCUAAUAACUUCUUUAGGACUAGGCCUGGAGCUAUUGAAUUUCUCGAAGAAAUGAGCAAUUAUUAUGAAAUAGUCAUUUUCACUGCUGGAAUGAAGGAUUACGCAGACUGGGUUCUUGACCAGCUUGAUUCCAAUAGACUCAUCAAGCAUAGAUUGUAUAGGACUCAUGUGAAGAUAGAAGGAUUCUCAUUGAUCAAGGAUCUAGAAUCAAUUGGAAGAAACUUGAAGAAGACUCUUAUAAUCGAUAACCUUCCAGAGAACUUUAAGAAACAGCCUGACAAUGGAAUUUUUAUCAAAACAUGGUAUGAUGACAUGACUGAUACCUGUCUCUAUGAUCUAAUUCCCUUGCUUAAGAGAUUGGUCAUAGAACAAGUUCCUGAUGUUGGAGCUGCCUUAAAGAAAUAUAGAGACCAGGUGAUUAGACUUAUCUCAGCAGGAGUUGAGAACCCAGAUACUGAACUCAUUAAAGUUAUGUAAUUAUUUUCAAUCACCAGGGAUA